GAUUCAUUUCCACCACCAGAAGUUCAAGAACAAAGCUUUCUUUCUCAUUCAACAAUGGCCGCCUCAACCAUGGCUCUCUCCUCCCCAUCUUUCGCUGGCAAGGCAGUGCAGCUUGCUCCAUCAAACCCCGAGCUCGGUGUUGGUCGUGUCAGCAUGAGGAAAACCGCUAGCAAGUCUGUUUCCUCUGGAAGCCCAUGGUACGGUCCAGACCGUGUCAAGUAUUUGGGUCCAUUCUCUGGCGAGCCCCCGUCUUACCUUACCGGAGAAUUUCCAGGUGACUAUGGUUGGGACACUGCUGGGUUGUCAGCUGACCCAGAAACUUUUGCCAAGAACCGUGAGCUCGAAGUCAUCCACUCCAGGUGGGCAAUGCUUGGAGCCCUUGGAUGUGUCUUCCCUGAACUCUUGGCUCGAAAUGGAGUCAAAUUCGGCGAGGCUGUCUGGUUCAAGGCUGGAGCACAGAUCUUCAGUGAGGGUGGACUUGACUACUUGGGCAACCCAAGCUUGGUCCAUGCACAAAGCAUCCUGGCCAUCUGGGCUACACAGGUUAUCUUGAUGGGUGCCGUCGAGGGAUAUCGUAUUGCCGGUGGGCCACUAGGUGAGGUAACCGAUCCAAUUUACCCAGGUGGAAGCUUUGACCCACUUGGUCUUGCUGAUGACCCAGAGGCUUUUGCUGAGUUGAAGGUGAAGGAACUCAAGAACGGUAGAUUGGCUAUGUUCUCCAUGUUUGGAUUCUUUGUGCAAGCCAUUGUGACAGGGAAGGGACCCUUGGAGAACCUGGCUGACCACCUUGCAGACCCCGUGAACAAUAAUGCCUGGGCAUAUGCCACAAACUUUGUCCCUGGAAAGUGAGCUUUGUAAAAGAAAUGUCAAAUUUUCCUCUUAGACUGAUGUUGGCGAUGCAAUUAUUUGUUUGUUUGAAAAAAUCAAUGGAGAGCUUGAUCUGAGUUUUGUGUUCUA